GGAGCCGCGGAGAGCGCGCAAAAUGCCAGUGAUUCGACGCGACUUGAAGUACGCGGCUCGUCGGCUCGGCGCGCCGCGCGAAUUCGAACGCGCGGCGAGACGCGACGCGGGAGGGAGAGAAGCUCCGCGAGAUCCUGCCGAGGCGCGAGUCCUGUUCCCGAGUGUGUGUGUCCCGGGAGGUAGAGUGUUUCCAGCAGUCGCCACCGUCGGCUUUGCGAGCUCCGUGUGUGUCGCGUGUUUCGCGCUACGAGUGAGAGGCCUUUGCCUUUGCGAUCGAAGGCGAAAAUACGAGGCGAGGCUUCGGAGAGUGUGCGUGCGUGCGUGUGCGCGUGCGCGUGCGCGCCGGUCGCGUGCACGUGUUGUGUACGUGCGGCGCGGUACGUGGGCACCGCAUGCGCCGCUGCUGAUUCGAAGCGGUGCUGAUCAGCGGAGCGAACUCCGCGGAGUGUGCUCCGUUGCCAACGAGAGUGCUGGAUGCAGUUCCGCCGUGGUCGAGAGAGCGACUCGCGGCGUUCUUCGGAGUGCGCGUCGAGCGUGAACGGUGGAUUUUCUCCUUGACCAGUGACAAGGAGCCUGACCACGUCGUCGAGCCCAGAGAGAGAGAGAGAGAGAGAGAGAGAGAGAGAGAGAGAGAGAGAGAGAGAGAGAGAGAGAGAGAGAGAGAGAGACUCGAUUUGUCGCUCGUUGCGGUCGACUGACGAAAUCCCGCUUUCCGAUGGAUGGUUCAUUCAUCACGGAGGGACGAGUCGGCCGUUAAUCCGCAACUCGCGACACCCGCAGCGUCGUCGGGAGGACCGCGUGGAGGAAGACGCCGGGGAGGGAAGGGGCGGGCGGAGCCAAAGGGCGAAACGGCUGUCGCAACGGUCUGAGGGCGGAGAAAGUGCCUGCUCUCCAGGUCGACUUUCGUCGACGAGAGACCCCGGUGAGAAGUCGCGAUCGAUGAGCCGUGCUCGGACCGACGAUCCUCGUCGCCGGGAUAUCGUGGCAGCGGAAGAGGAUGAGAAAAGGGGCUCGCGGAGCGGCUGGUGACAAAUAAUGCGAGACGCGCGGGAUAAUGAAGUCGCUCCUCGCGGUCAGUCUUGAGAGAUAGCGGUCUGAGGAUACGCGAGAGCCAUCUCAGUCCCCGCGCGAGCUCCGGCCGGCUAGCGAGCGAGUUCUUUGAAUUCCGCCGGGGAGGGAAAUCAUGACGACAGCCGCGAACUCGAGCGAUUGCUGCGGAUAGACCCGAACGAACGAACGAACGUCCUCGCGCGCUCCUCCGUCGGCUCCCCGGAGACGCUCGACGCAGCAGGCGCAGGUCUCGGCGAGUGGUUCCCCGCGUAGAAUGAUCGUCCCGGUCGUGCCGAGGGCACGGGAGAAAAGGGAAGAGGUGGACAAUGAAGAGGAGGGAGGAGGAGCGGCGGCGGCGGCGCAGCAGCAGCAGCACGGCGUCGAAAAAGGAAAACCACGCUGAUCAGCCGCGACUGGAAGACCUCGGCGUUGCACCUUAGCGAGCGCGCCGCGGGAGAAGGGACGAGCAGCAGGAAAGGGUGAGGAGGAGCGGGAAGAGGGAGAAGACGAGGAUACGGGCUGAGCAAAAGGGCAAGGAGGCUGGGGAGAAGAGAGAGAGAGAGAGAGAGAGAGGGAGAGAGAGAGAGACAGAGAGAGAGAGAGAGAGAGAAAGAGGAAGGUCCGAAAGGUCCGAAGAGCGAAAGACGUGGAACGGGAGAGAGAGAGAGAGAGAGAGAGAGAGAGAGAGAGAGAGAGAGAGAGAGAGAGAGAGGGAGAGGAGGAAUUCGCUCGUAGAGAUUCUCUCGUUUCCAUAAAUUCAUGCUUUCGCAGACUGCCCGGGUCUUUCGCGGAUCCUUGAUCACUUAGAGCUAGCGAGCUCGGUGGACCGCCUUCCUGGAGUCUUGCACACAGGACCCUCCUUGGCAUUCAUGAUCCUGCUCCCACGGGGCACGAGCCUUCGUUGAUACUCGCCGCACGACCGUGCCGACGCCACCUCGAGGUAGCAUAAAUCCGUAGCGAUCGCGUACUUCCGCGAGUCGCGGCUGGUCGCGCUGCCCCAUGAGGCCCCUCUCCUUCGAGAACCUGAGGAGGCUCGUGGGCCGUAAGAAGGACCGCAACGAGCCUUCCUUCAAGCGCAGCGAGUCCUUCAAGCGAAUCUCCAUCAGGAAGAGCUACCUGGACCGCGGCAAACGCCGGAACCGACUCCAGAAGAACCAAGAGACGCCCGCGGCUAAUCCUGCCCCGCCCGCACCGUUGGCGAACGACAAGGUCAUCCAGCAGCAGCAGCAGCAGGUCAACGAGCAAGACCUGAAGAAGAGUCAGGAGCACUCGCUCGGCCGUGACUCCAUCACGUACGACGAGUGGCUCCAAGGGGUCAGUUCUUCCUCCCUCGAGAAGCUCCACGAGGAUCACGUGGAGUCUCUUCAGCGGCCCAAGGUCGUCAAGACCGCCAAGGUCGUGCCCAAGCACAACAGCGCCGACGCGAAUUCGAUCGCCGAGGACCUGAAGAUCCUCGAGCUCGACGCCUCGCCUGUCCUCACGUCCAAGAGGCCCAAGCCCUUUAGGAUCGCCGCGCAGGAUCAUGCUCGGGACGAGAGCAACGGGCAGGACGUUCUCUGGACGCAGGAGUCGUCUGUGGAAGGACCGCCCAGCGUCAGUAUCAGUCUUGGCAGGAUAUGGAGGGACGCGGUGCCGGUCCCGCCGGCCUCAGUCCCGCCAUCGGUCGCGUAUCCUGCCGCAUCGGAUUCCGCGGUCCAUCACUCGUUGGACAGCGCCCUGAAGGAGAGGAAACCGCAGCCGACCGUCGCGAGGACGGUCUCGGCGCCGGAGAAGCCCGUCAGCAAGGAUACCUCGUCGUCCUUCGGCUUCUCCCUUCGAAUCGCCAAACUCGCGGAUUUCAGGCCAGGGGUGGCGCGAAACGGCCUAUUCCGCCGCAAGACGCCGAAGCCGUCGCCGAGCGUGAGCAGCGAGGGCUACUUCAAGCGCACGAGCGCGUCCAGGCGCUCGGGUUCCCGUCGCUGCCGCGGCAAGCGAACGUCGCAGCGCUCCAGGAAGUGCCAGCAGCCUCCUCGCACCAGCAGCCCGGUGUGGUUCGUCCCGCCGGAGAGGCGGCGUUCGAGACGCCAGCGGCGAGUCUGGCGGGAGAUCCGCUACUUCCCCGACGACGAGGGUCCGAUCCUCGAACGAAUCAACGACUGGUCGUCGAACGUGUCGGAUGACCAGUUCGACGACCAGAAGCUGCUGCUGUCGGGUGACUUCAACGAGCGCGUCCACGACGACGCUCUCAACUCGAUGGUCUCGUCAUCGCUGGGCUCCUUCUCGGCGACGUCGUCCUCGUCGUCGGCCUGCCCGGCUCCCAAGAUCAGCGACUUCAACGAGGACAAGCUGUUCUCCGAGGAGUUGAGGAUCAGCGGCCUCUUGGCGCGCGGGACCACCUGGAAGCCGUCGCUUACGACGACGACGACGACGACGACGGUAACCACGACGACAAUGACAAUGACCGCGACGACGACGGCGGGGGCGGCUGCUUCUGGAAAUUAUUUCGCCAGCAGCCAGUUCCUCAGUUUCCUGGCGAAGGACGUUGUCAAAGAAAGGUCGAAGAGCGAGAGCUCCAACACGGGCUACAGGUGCCUCUCGUCGACGGACAGCGACGACGACGAUGACGACGACGAUGUCGUCGAGCGUUUCAACGAGCGCAAGAGGAACGUCAGUUUCCCUCAGCAGCAGCAGCGUCAGCACCUGAAGAGGCAGAAGUCCGGCAUCCGGAGGCGACCGCUGCGCCGAAAGUCGCAGCUGAAAAGAGCGUCCGGCCAGCCGGUGUUCCUCGUGCGCAAGUGCUCGUCCUUGAGGAAACGUCCUAGGGAUAUCACACAGAAGGGUUAUGAGAAGAAACGGACGCGUCUACUGCAGCAGUACGCCUCGAAGCAGUUAGGGGCUGCAAAUGCUGGUGGUGGUGGAGGGCUGGAGAGAACGGGUUACGGAAGCGGGGGAGGUGGCGGCGUUGGCGUUGGCGUUGGCGGCGGCGGCGGCGGAGGAGGAGGAGGAGGAGGAGGAGGCGGAGGAGGAGGAGACUGUGGCGACGGUAGUGGUGGUGGCGGCGGCCGACCGCAGCCACGUGCACGGCGCACGCAACGGCGCGUCACGCACAACGAGAAGCGCUAUCACUCAGGCGGCCGGCUAGUGCCUGGCGGGAUCGCCAGUCCCCCGGGAUCUGGCGGCUCCACAGGGAACACCGGGAACUCGAACUCGGCUGCGGCGGCGGCGGCGGCCGCGAGACGCGGCAAUCGCAGACUUACGCGCAAUGAGAGCCGAUACCAUUCCGAGGUGCGCCAGGAGGCGGUGCAGCAGGCGCUGGCGGCGAUGCAGGGGCGGCCGAAGCCAUCCUUGCCGAUGCCGUCCAAGAGGACCUCCGUGAUGGCCAGGAGUCCCGAUCGGGAAAGACGCGAUAGCGGCGAGUCCAGCAGCGACGAGGACAGCGUCGUCACCGAGGAGAGUCCUGGCGCGGGUGGACCUACCGGUACCGGCCUCUCGGACACCAGCAGCACCGGUUCCGCCCGAGACACCCCGCCGCCGCCGAGGCCGCCGGCAAGGAGGCCGCCCGGAGCCGACAUCACGGACAUCGCCGAGUACACGCCGCACGCCUACUGCAACAUCCAGCCACCGGACGUCACCCACACGAGCAGCACCCCGGUGACGGUGCAGCAGCAGUCGGCGACGCGGCGGCCCGGCGCCGACCGGGUGAAUCGUUAUCACGUGGUCGAGGACCAAAACAACACCGGCACCACCGGCCGUUGGAAGGUCUCCGCCAAGAUCCAGCAGCUGCUCAACACGCUCAAGCGGCCAAAGCGCCGGCCCCUGCCGGAGUUCUACGAGGACGACGACAUCGAGCUGGAGAUCGCUGCUAAUCCGAAGGACCCCAACGCCCCGAAGCCCGAGGGAGGCUCCAUGACGUCGGCGGUGGGCGAGUCCUUGUCGGUGCCGUCGGGCUUGCCGAGAUCCCUCGAGGCUGCCAUCCAGAGGUACGGCUCGGCGACGUACAAGGCACCAGUGGCGACCGUUCUCGACCCUAACGGCAAGCUUUGCGUAACGCUCACGUACGGGAAGCUGCUCAGCCGCUCCCAUAAGAUCGCCUAUACUCUUCUGAACAAGGCUCUAAGUCGCGGUGGGGAUUGCUGCCUGAAACCCGGCGACAGAAUCGCCCUCGUUUACCCGAAUAACGACCCGAUCAGCUUCAUGUGCGCCUUUUACGGCUGCUUGCAGGCCGGUAUCGUGCCGGUGCCCAUCGAGGUACCUCUGACCCGUCGCGACGCGGGCUCCCAGCAGAUCGGUUUCCUCCUGGGAAGCUGCGGAAUCCAGGUGGCGUUAACCAGCGAGGCGUGUCUCAAGGGUCUACCGAAGACCGCGGCCGGCGAGGUGGUAGCCUUCAAGGGCUGGCCGAAGCUGCAUUGGUUCGUCACCGAACAUCUAGGCAAAACGCCCAAGGACUGGCUGCCACCACCGCGUCUCACCGACGACACGCCCGCGUACAUCGAGUACACCACCGACAAAGACGGCUCUGUGAUGGGUGUGACCAUUACGAGGGCGGCGAUGAUGUCCCAUUGCCGCGCACUCACACAAGCCUGCGGCUACACCGAGGGCGAGAACGCCGUCUGCGUGUUGGACUUUAAGCGAGAGGUUGGCCUUUGGCACAGCACCUUGACCAGCGUCCUCAACGGAAUGCAUGUGAUCUUCAUCCCUUAUGCCUUGAUGAAAGUCAAUCCCGCCAGCUGGAUGCAGAUGAUCACCAAGCAUCGCGCCAGCGUGGCUGUUGUCAAGUCGCGGGACCUCCAUUGGGGUCUGCUGGCCACCAAGGACCACAAGGACGUGUCUCUGUCGUCGCUGAGGCUGCUGCUCGUCGCGGACGGCGCGAACCCUUGGUCCCUUUCGUCCUGCGAUCAGUUUCUUUCGGUAUUUCAGUCCAAGGGGCUCAGGCCGGACGCCGUCUGCCCUUGCGCCUCUUCCAGCGAGGCUCUGACGGUUUCGGUGAGAAGGCCCGGACGCGCAGGAGUGAACGCCACCGGUCGCGGAGUCCUCUCCAUGUCGGGCUUGAGUUACGGAGUCGUCCGAGUGGAUCAGGAGAACUCCUUGACGUCGUUGACGCUGCAAGAUUGCGGACAAGUCAUGCCUGGAAGUAUAGUAGUUGUCAUCAAGAUGGAGGGCCAGCCGUUCAUCUGCAAGACGGACGAAGUCGGGGAAAUUUGCGUGCACAGUGCGGCGACCGGCAGCCAAUAUUGGGGCCUGCAAGGGCUCACCAACAACACCUUUAAAGUAUCGCCAUUGCAGGCCGACAGUACACCCCUCGGCGACGUGGAGUACACGCGCUCUGGCUUGCUGGGCUUCCUCGGUCCCGGAGGACUCGUCUUCGUCUGCGGUUCGCGCGACGGUCUGAUGACGGUGACUGGUAGGAAACACAACGCUGACGACAUCAUCGCCACUGUGCUGGCGGUCGAGCCGAUGAAGUUCAUCUACCGCGGCAGAAUCGCCGUUUUUAGUGUGAGGGUUCUCAGAGACGAGAGGAUAUGCGUCGUCGCCGAGCAACGACCGGAUUGUAGCGAGGAAGAGAGCUUCCAGUGGAUGUCCCGAGUGCUGCAAGCGGUCGACUCGAUUCACGCGGUAGGAAUAUACUGUCUCGCCCUGGUACCACCUAACUACCUGCCCAAGACGCCGCUGGGCGGUAUUCAUCUGUCGGAGACAAAACGUCGCUUCCUCGAAGGCGCCCUGCACCCGGCUAACGUGCUGCUCUGUCCGCACACUUGCGUCACCAACCUACCGAAACCGCGCGAAGUGCAUUCAGCGGGGGAUUCUGUUGCAGACGUUGGCCCGGCGAGUGUUAUGGUGGGGAACAUCGUCCAGGGUAACAGACUGGCCUCGGCGCAGGGACGAGACAUGGGUGUCCUGGACGAGGACAGCGACAAUGCCAAAAAGUACCAGUUUAUCUCUGAAAUCCUACGGUGGCGCGCCGUCAGCACCUCGGACCAUGUGAUAUUUACGUCGUUGAACGCGAAAGGGGCCGUGGCCACCUCGUUGUCCUGCUCGCAAUUGCACAAGAAGGCCGAGAGGAUCGGCAAUCUGCUCCUCGAUCGUGGGAGAGUCAAUACAGGGGACCAUGUGGCUCUCAUCUUCCCACCCGGCACCGAUCUGAUAUGCGCAUUUUACGGCUGUUUAUAUGUCGGCGCUGUGCCAGUGACCAUCAGGCCGCCUCAUCCGCAAAAUCUGCAGACGACUUUGCCGACCGUUCGCAUGAUCGUGGACGUCAGCAAGUCCGUUCUCGUGCUGACCAAUCAGAACAUCUUGAAGCUGUUGAAAACGAAGGAAGCGAAUAACGUGGUCGACGUAAAGAGUUGGCCGAUGAUCCUGGAUAUGGACGACAUGCCAAAGAAGAAGCUGCCGGUAAUGUAUCGAGCGCCCACCGCGGAGAUGUUGGCCUACUUGGACUUCAGCGUCUCUACGACGGGCAUGCUUGCCGGCAUCAAGAUGUCCCACGCGGCUGUCACCUCGCUGUGCCGCGCCAUGAAGCUGGCGUGUGAACUUUAUCCCUCCAGACACAUCGCUCUCUGUCUGGAUCCGUAUUCAGGGCUCGGCUUCGCCUUGUGGUGUCUCAGCAGCAUAUACAGCGGACAUCAUUCCAUACUGAUACCACCCUCCGAGGUGGAGGCCAAUCCCGCGCUCUGGCUGUCCGCGGUGAGCCAGUCCAGAGUACGAGACACGUUUUGCUCGUACGGUGUAAUGGAGUUGUGCACGAAGGGGCUCGGCUCGUCGGUGCAUACGCUCAAAGCGCGAGGCGUCAGUCUGGCUUGCGUAAGAACGUGCGUCGUCGUCGCCGAGGAAAGGCCGCGGAUAGCAUUGACGACUAGCUUCAGCAAACUGUUCUCAGCCCUCGGUCUGAGCCCACGCGCCGUCUCCACCUCGUUCGGUUGCAGAGUAAACACUGCCAUUUGCUUACAGGGUGCAUCGAGUCCGGAGCCUUCAACGGUGUACGUGGAUCUCCGUGCGUUACGCAACGACCGGGUGUCUCUGGUGGAGCGCGGCAGCCCGCACUCCCUGUGCCUGAUGGAGUCGGGUAAACUGCUACCUGGCGUGAAAGUGAUCAUCGCGAACCCCGAGACCAAGGGUCAGUGCGGCGAUUCACACCUGGGCGAGAUCUGGGUACAGUCGUCGCACAACGCCAGUGGCUACUUCACGAUCUACGGCGACGAGAGCGACUACGCCGAUCACUUUAAUGCACGGUUGGUUACCGGCAAUACGAACGAGGUCUACGCGAGAACCGGCUAUCUCGGCUUCCUCAGGAGAACCGAGAGCGUUCAGCAAUCGGUCAUCAGCGACGUACCCGGUGACACUACGUCCGCGGCCGAGGCGGACCUCGUGCCGAACGACCCGGAGCUGCACGACGCCGUAUUCGUUGUCGGCGCCCUCGAUGAGGCCAUAUUGCUGCGGGGUAUGCGCUACCAUCCGAUAGACAUCGAGAACAGCGUCAUGCGGUGUCACAAGAAAAUCGCGGAGUGCGCUGUAUUCACAUGGACCAACCUCCUAGUGGUAGUGGUAGAACUGGAUGGCAGCGAGAGCGAGGCCCUCGACUUGGUGGCUCUGGUGACGAGCGCCGUGCUCGAGGAGCAUCAUCUUGUGGUAGGCGUGGUGGUGGUAGUGGACCCCGGUGUGGUACCCAUCAAUUCGCGCGGCGAGAAGCAGCGAAUGCAUCUGCGCGACGGCUUCCUGGCGGACCAGCUCGACCCGAUCUACGUGGCGUAUAAUAUGUGAAAUGGUGCGCGCGACAAGGCCAUUCCCUCCGCCCUCCGCCCUCCUACUCCCCGUCGACAGUCCUUGCACGACGUGCUGAGGCUGCAGUGGAACUCCAUUCGCGAGGACGAUAUCGCAGCGAGUAUGAUGGGACGAGCGACUUCGGAGAGAGCUCGAUAGGAACAUUCCCUCGUCCCUCGUUUCCCUUGACUCUCGCGUACGUCUCAUUGGACCCUUUCGUUUCACCUCGCUUGCGCUCAUCGCGGGGUUCUUUUUCGCUUACCUUUCCCACAACAGAAUCCAGCUUCUGGAUUUGCCGAACGGCUCCGCGGUGCCGCGCAGGCUUGUUUCAUUCUACGGCCGCGUCCAGCCUCGCACAGAGACACGCUGAUUAGCUAAUUAUCUGGACGCGAGACUCGUUAUUAGAGCGAAUCAUUCGAAGCGACGGGAGAGCAACGAUAGUACGUCGAGAACGAACGUAUAUCCCGAACGAGAUGGAGUUCUACUGUGUGUAUCGAGGGAUGUUCACGCGCUCCGACAGAGGGCGCAGCGAGUGUUGCCGCUAGCGAGAGCUCACGCAUGAGCAAACCCGAUACACUCAUGCGCCUGAGAAGCCCCCAACUGCCAGCGAAGCCUCUUCUUUUGGAAAAAUCACAUUCGUGAAUUAGUAUCACAUUACGUACGUGUAUGACGCAUAAACGAGGUAGAACGGUCGGCGUAUAAGAAAGCCGAUGACGAAUCACAAGGUCGAUGAUAGGUCGAUGAUGAAAUUUCGCGGCUUGCUCGCGGCUGGCUGUCCGACUCUGCGACGCAUCGACCAAGCGCCUGUAGAGCACCGUAGACCCCGGCAUUUGAUCCUUUUGCAUUUUUGCGCGGCGAAGGAAAACUCGACCGACCAACCGGCCAUUCUCCGCGACAGUCACACUCGAGCGUUUGGUUUCUGCUAGCACAGGUUGGCUAUUUUCUCUCUACACUGGCUUCGAAACGGCUAACCUUCUCCCGGCUUUGGAUCCUUCGGCGCGCAGUGAGUGUCCAAUGAGAGGACUUCGCCUCUGGGAAUCGCUGGGAAACAGGUUCUCUCGUCGGACCGUCGGUUGCAUCUCGAAGCGAGAGGCUCUUCAGACCGUUUUGAAACUCGGUGUAUAUCCGAGGACAGAAAGGCAGAAGAAAGUUUUCUACGCGAGUCUCAGGGCGCGUCAAUCUUGUUCAAUGGCAGGAUUUCUCGCCCAAGACUCGUCAAGUGCAGCGAACUAUCUUCCUGCCCGCGACUGUACGCUGAGUUUCAAAUCCGGUUUGGGAGUCUCCUUUUGUUUCAGAACGCAACUCUGAUGGUCCAAUGAGAGAACUUGUUCGUGGAAAAUCGCCAGAGUUCGAGUUCUCUCGUUGAGCCCUUUUCCCAACGCAGUAGCGGCUGUCCAAUAAGGACACCUGGGGACUUUUCAGAAACGAGUCCUUUCACUCAAGGAAGGAUACUGAAGUCGUGUUGAAGCCCAGCGUAGAAGAGUACUCUCUCCGGAGAGAAAGCAAGACGCGCGACAGAGUGCUUGGCUGGACCGCGACCAGCCGCGUUAUCCUGCGGCUCAGAGGAUUGAAGGACGAGCGCUCUACGUUUUGUACAUAUGACCGUUUCCUCUCGAGCCGUGGGAUCACGAUGGGUGAGGAAGAAGGAGAGAGAGGGGGAGAGAGAGAGAGAGAGAGAGAGAGAGAGAGAGAGAGAGAGAGAGAGAGAGAGAGAGAGAGAGAGAUCCUGUUCGCACGUGACGUCGGCGCGAUGUUCUCGAAGCGACGAAGCGUGCGGAGAGUUGAACUGAUUUGCGCGCGUAAGAAGGAAGAGAAACAAGGUGGCGUAGUUUCGCGUUAGUCUCGAGUCUUGCACGGCCAGUUGCGGGCGGUUCCGGAUCGCGUCAGGCUGCGACACGCACACGAGUAUCUCCUGCGGCUUUGCGCACAUUUUGAGCUGAAGUCUCCUUAUACAUCGCGCACGUGUCGGCGAGUGUAAUCUCCAGCGCGCGGAGUUCAUCGACGGCAACAACGAAAAGUUUCGUCGCCUGCGAUGGCGGCUACGACUCGCGCAGAUUCACGACGGGUCCCUCGUAAGCACAUUUCUACGAUUCUCACCAAGUCGCCGCGGCCAUGUUGACUCACGACGUCGGAAGCGGGAAAACGCGCCCCGAAAACUCUCGCAAGAGUAUGAUGAAGUGAGUUUCUUCUCUUUUUUCUUCAUCGCGUGCUGUCGCGACUGAUCCUCAGACAGUCCAGUGAUUUACUUACGCGCUUAUUUGCAUAAAUAUUAUAUAGACUAAUUAACCCUCGAUGAUGCAUCUUAGACCUGAUUGAUGCGCUUCUUCUCGUGCUAAAGCGGGUCAGAUAUUUCAGAUGAGAUGAGAAGACAUAUUUAUGAAAUGACACCUGCUGUCGACUGGGCGGACCUGCGAAGUAGUCUGAACACUUUUCCGCUGCAACAAUCAAUGAAUAACGGUCGAAUGGACGAGACAGACAUGACGAGAAGAGACACGACUGGAGUCUAACGGGAGAUUAAAUGCGAAACUUUCUGCAGAGGAUCACGAGGAGAGAUGAGUUGAAGAAGCAGAUCGUGAAGAGGUUCUACUCACCUCGACCGUUAGAGCGAAAGGAAAGUGUCCGGACUGGUGCGCAGAAAUCUGCUCGAUCUGCUUGCGACACAUCAGCUGGCCGUCAUGUUCCGCAAAAGCGUCGCAUCUCCCCGCUUCUGACGCGAUCAAUCGAGAGCCGCGGCGCGAAGAAGCCUUAACCGCCACUCGGAAGAUUUGAUUUGAUCUCCGGCAUUCAAUUAUCUCACAACCUCGUCCGCACAAAUCACGUACAAUUACGGGACUAGCACGAGUUUGCGGAUAGGAAUGGUAGAAUGUAUAUCACGCGAUAUCGACUUUAGGGCUGUCGACCUUUCCUCCGAGCGUUUAUCGGCGAGUCAAAAAUCAGCGUCCUUCGUUGGCCUACGUUUAGAGACGUCGAGGUUAGAUUAAUUGAAGCGGCUUUUUAGUGAGAGAGAGAGAGAGAGAGAGAGAGAGGGGGGGGUGAAGGGGAACCGAUUCGAGUUUAACGGGAGAUGCUCCGUGCGUCGAAUGCGUCCACGAUGGGAGCGAGAAAAUUUUUUCGACGAAACUUCAGUCCGACUUUAGUGUGAACGAAGGGUCCUCCUCGAGGAAGACUCGUCGACUCUGCCGUAAAGAACGAAACGCCCGAAAGUCGAUCGAUUGCGUUAGAUUCCCCCCAGAGGAGACCUUUUUUUACUCACGGACCUUUUCUACGGAUGUGUACAAUUGUUGAUAGAUCUUUAAUUUUAUAUUCUUAUUUUAAUGUAACGACCACAUACGGCGUAUAUGGCGUAUCGUUGCGACUACACUGCGAGACUCUGCGAUUGUAAUGACCACACGUGUAUCCGUCAUGCGCCGAGCGAUUGGCAGCGAGCCAGGACGAGUUGGCCGGCGUCUUUGUCGCGUGAUUACCGCGAAGAGUGCGCUCUUCGACGAUGUUCCCGUAGAUUACCGCGAGCGUCUGCCUCAUGACAUUCCGCGUUGUUUAGCUUGCGUGCGAGAGAGAGAGAGAGAGAGAGAGAGAGAGAGAGAGAGAGAGAGAGAGAGAGAGAAUAAUCCGAAGCCGGCUCGUCGCCGCGGAUUGAAGAGCAAAAGGAAGCGAGACGGAAAGAGAACGAAACCGUCGGAGUCAUCAUCGCGACUCCAUAGCGGAGCGCAGAAGUUCGUCGGCUGCUUUCUUUCCUUACAGCGGGCAUGCGAAUAGCAAAAGUAGAGAGGCGAGUGACCGAGGAGGGAGGAGGCGGAGAGCGCGGAGGACUUCCCCGCCUGGGCGAGAAAGAUCGCUGAACGAACUUCGGCGGCUUCGACGCGGCGACGACGACGACUUGGUCAGUGCAAUACACGCGUGGCGCCUGGUGUGAUUCGCAAUCGCACGCGGCGUGUGACGACGAAUUAUCGUAACCGGAGCCUUGACAGAUUUGUAAAUACGUAACGGCGAGAAAAGGAGGCGAAGCUCCCGGCGUCUUUCCUCCCACGCGCUGCAACCCCAAGCUUCACGACCCGUCCGACCACUUUCCCUCUUGCGAGGUCGUUCGUUUACGUGUCCCUCUGUCUCUUUCUCUACCUCCUCCUUCUUCUCCUUCUCUUGUUCUCGGUCUUCUUCUUCUUGGCCGCGUUUUCUUAUUAAGCUAUCGUGCCAUGUCACUUGUUCACCUUCACUUCACCGCACUUCCCGCGUGUUGUGGAUAGGAGUAGCCGGAGAUGAGUUCGCGCAGGCUUGGUUGCACCGAUAAUCCCAGUUCGUCGAGUGCCAUCACACUUGACCGCGCCGUGUCUCUCUUUAUGUCUGUCUGUCUAUCUGUCUGUCUGUUCGUCUCAUUUCUCUUUGAGAAAUCGCGACUGCUCGUCUAGCUGAGUAUCACUGUUAGGUUUGUAAUGUAAACGCAGGGAAGGGAUGAUGUAAGUUAUUCACACGGUUAUUUAUUGUCACACAAUUAAUUAUUUAAUUACAUCUGAUCUCAUCUUUCGCUCUCUCUCUCUUUCUCUCCCCUCUCUCUCUCUCCCUCUCUCUCU